AUGAAUGUGCACCAGUUUGAUUAUCUUUGUGAUUUGCUGAAACCGUACUUAACUAAACGAAGUGUCAGAACUCCAUUGCCUAUACAGUUACGCGUGGCCAUGACUCUUGAGAUACUAGCCCGAGGGAUAUCAGUUAGGACGUUUUCAUGGAGUUAUAGAAUUGGGCGUUCUACUCCACAUAAAAUGUUUAACGAAACCUGCAAGACUUUGUGGGUAGCUCUUCAACCGAUAUAUCUGCAGGCACCAACAAGAAAGACUAUGAUGCAAAUAUCUGAGGAUUUCUUCAACCGAUGGCAGUUUCCCAACUGUGUCGGAGCGAUUGACGCACGGAGAAAAAAUUUUCACCGCUGUAGCUAA